UCAUCAUCAUCAUCAUCAACAUCAUCAUCAUCACUCGUGAACAACAGAAAAGCAGUUUCUCAUUUUUCUCUAAGGAGAUUGUCCUAUGUUCACAUUUCUACUUUUGUUUUUUGUUUUCUUUGUGAUAUAUGCUUUCUUUUCCUUUCUGUAUUCUGUACACAGACAGACAGACAGACAGAGACAAAUAGAUAGAUAGAUGUGUCUAGGAUAGAUAGAUGUGAAUGUUCUCUGACCAGAAUGUCCCUAACCCUAACGAAAAUAAACGUUACUUUUUUGUUCCUUAGUUUUUGUGCUAACGUUUUGAGACCAUUAUUAUUAGACCAGAUUACUAUAUGAAGUUUGAGAGAAGUUUUGAGAGCGUUCUAGCCCUACUUUACUGUAAUCGACAGUCGGAACGUUGUUUCGGAGCUCGUGUUUCCUGACCGACUCUUUGUUGUGGCGCACACGGAGAAUUCACAUGUUAGCUUGAACAUAUCCAACGCUUUAUUUUAUUCUAUGUUUGUCUACAUUUAUUUUCACCAGCUUGACCAUGUCAGCAUCAUUGAUCCGAAGAGGACUUGAACUGUUCACCGAGAAAGAUGCGGCGCCGAAGAAGAGCAGCUCUCGUAAGAGUGCGCUGAUGAAGCGGAUCGGCACCGAUAAACAGGGCGUGCAGAAGCGGAUCCGGCAGAUCCAGAGACCCGGAGGAUCCUCGCGGAGAAGCACAAACACCGUCAAAGACAAACCCGUCCGCUCCGCUCUGGAUGAAUACAGAAAGAAACAGAAGAAGAGCAAACUGGGAUUAAAUCUGAAGUAUUUCCUGUCGUCCGCCAGUAAAACUCAGAGCAGCCACGCAACCAAGAUCGUAGAGCAGAAAUCCAGUCGCCGCGCUUGUCAUCAACCGGAUCGACCCGCCAGAAAGCCGGCGGUGGAGGAGUCCGUCUUCACGGAGGACGAGUUCCAGAAGUUCCAGAAGGAGUAUUUCUCAAAUCUGUGACGUCUGUGAGGACUUUAUCCCGCAGGACAGUGAUAUUAAUGCCGGGAAUCCAUGCUGGAUCACAGAUAUUGUGUUUUAUGGAAAUAACUUGUCUGUAGAAAAUGUUUUCCUCAACUUGUGUAACCAUUUCUUUUCAUGCUUCACCAUUGAACACCUUGUUGUUCAUCACAAACCCUCGAGGGAAACUAACGUCACGAAUCGUUUGCCUAAAAGCCCACCAACACAUUCGCCGUCGUCAUCGAACAGGAGAAUGAAGCGUUUCUGGAUGGACGAGUGUCUCCUGUGUCCUUUAGACAACCUUGUAAACUGAGUGAAGUUAAUUAGUUAAGAAAUAAAGACGCUAGAGUGCCGAUCUGA